UCCAUUGCCAUUGGCUGUUGUGUGUAUACUUCAAAACGGACGGCGCAACCUAAUAGUAACGUAAACAAUUACGGUUUGGUAGAUUUUUUUUAAAUAGACAUUUCGAGUGAAAACCAUCUCCGGUAUAGUUUUAUUUUUUAAGUUAGCCAUUUAUUUAAUAACAGGGCAAACGGUUAAGUUAGCUCGCUGAGCUUGGCUGAGAUUUAUUCGUUCCCCCCCUCCAGCUAACGCUAGCUAGCUGCAACAGGUAACCACAGGUAGUUAAUGUAAGCUACCCGUACACAUUUAGCAGCUUUGCAAACUCGUUAGCAGAGUGCAUGUGUUUUGAGAGAUAGUUAAACUCCCGCACUUAACUUUUACCUUGAAGGACAGACGUUGACAUGAUUACUGCAUAUGCUUCUAUAACAGCGUUAUUAUUCAUGGUGCGUUAAACGGUAAUCGUUUUUUAAAAACCUGCCAAACGCAAACUGUUUUGGUUGCCUCUAGACAGGAAGCCAUGGAAGCGGAAGUGGAGUUUUUACGUGAUCAAGUCAACAGACUAAAUUCUGCUCUCAGCCAGUAUCAGUAUGGACAGCGCACACAGACGACACCAUCUCAGUAUUUCCAAGUGUUCGCUCUUCUGCCUCUCUGCUCUUCAGGCUGAGGAGGCGAGACGAGGAGAGUCUCCUUCGCCCUGGCUCUCGGACAGAAGUAUAAUGGCUCCCCUGAUAGCGGAGUACGAUCGGCACAUGGAUGAAAUGACCGAACAGCUGCAGAGAUACCAGGGGCUGAUGUCAGAGGUCAAAGUGAAGUUGGAGAGGGUGGUCGAGGAGAACGAAAGGCUCCAUGCCGAGCUCAGGGAGUCUGUGGAGAAGCAGCUCCACGCCCUGCCGGUGGCUCCGGGGAUGGAGGGCGGCACGCCGCUGGAGGAGGAGGCCAUCGUCAGGAACCUCCAGGAACAGGUCCAGCUGUGUGAGCAGGAGCGGCUGCAGGCCAUGGAGCUGUGGCAGGCGACGGCCCUGGAGCUGGACCUCCUCCAGCAGGCCCACCGGGAGACAACCUCCGAUGGACAGAUCCACCAUACCCAGAGACACCAGCUCCAGGAUCAGCUCGUUCAGUUCCAGCAGCACACACACAAACUUCAAGCGGCCAAUCAGCAACUGGAAUCGACCAGCCGGCAGUUUCUGGAGACGGUGACGGAGCAGAACUCUGAGAUGGAGGAGCUACACGGCCAGCUCAGGCAGGCCAAAGCGGAGCUGAGGACGGCCACAGCCCGGCUGGACGAGAUGACCACGUUAUUACAAAAUGUCCAGGACAAGAUGCAGAGACGGGAGGAAGACGUGGCGGAGGCUCAGGGCCGAGAGGACGCAGCAGACCGGCGCCUCCAGCAGCUCCAGGCGGCGUUGGCCCAGCUGGAGGCCAGACUCAAAGCGGCGACUCACGAGGCGGAGGCAGUUCGGCGGGAUCAGACCGUGUGGGAAAGGAAGGUAGGCGAGCUGCAGGCUCAUUGCUCCGCCCUCGAGGACCAGAAGUACGAGGCCCUGGCCAAAAUCCGGGAGAGCGUCCAGCUGGCGGAGGAGGCGGCGCUGCAGAAGGACCAGGCUCUGCUCAGAGAGAAGCAGAAGAUGGAGGAGCUCGAGAAGACCAAGGAGGCCAUCAGACAGCUGAUCCAGGAGGCUGCAGUCCGCACCAGAAAAGAGGUGGAUAACGUGCGUAAGCAGUGCAACGCUCAGAUCCACCGUAUGGCCGAGGAGCUGUCUGCUCUGCAGCUGGAGUGUGCCGAUAAAGAGUCUCGCAUUGAAAAGUCCCUGCGAGAGAGGAAAGCCGUGGAGGAGGAGCUGGAGAAGGUUUAUAAGGAGGGCCGGGCUGAGCCCGAGUUCAGGAAGAUGGACGCCCUUCACCAGAGGUGUCUGGACGCGGAGCGGAGGAAGGAAGACGUGAGCCUCACGCUGCAGAGCACGCAGAGCAAACUGAAGAAGACGGAGGUGGACUGCGGCGAGGAGCUGCAGCGCUGCCGGGAGGAGGCGCGCCGGCUGCAGGGCGCUCUGGCCGCGGCCCGGGACGACUGCGUCGGCGUCAGCGAGGAGCGACUCCUGCUGCAGCGGGAGAACUCGCAGCUCUGCAAGGAGAUGGGCGAGCUGCGCACGACCGCCGCGCUGGUCCAGAAGAAGGCCCGGCAACAGCUCUCUCAGAUGGAGCAGGAGCACAGCCUGAAGGAGCACGGGCUCGAUGCCCGCGUGCAGCAGCUGGAGGAGAGCAGCCUGAGCUCCAGAGUGGAUCUCACGCGCCUCCUGACGGCGCAGCAGAAAGUCACCCAGCGCUGGAAAGAAGAAGCCAAGAACCUCGUGCAGGCCUUGGAGACUAAAAUCACCGGGCUCAAAGCGGAGCUGAAUCGGCAGAAACAGCGUUCACACGAUCUGGAGAUGCAGCUUGAAACUUACCACAACUCUGUUGCUGAGUAUGAGAGGCAGCUAGUGGAGUAUCAAGAGAAGACGAGUCGUCUCCAGAGACGACUGACGCAAGCUGAACAAAGGGCAACUGCUGCGACACAACAGCUGAGUAUGUUGACAUCACAGCGAAGGAAAACAGCCAUGGUCGAACCGGAGACUUUAUAACAGCGACUGUCGCUGUGCUAUAGGAAAAACAAUACAUAGCUAUACGUGUUUAGAGUUUGUGUUGAUAUUUUUAUUAUUAUUAUUAUUAUUAUAAUAAUUCUUAUAAUUGUUAUUAUUAUUAUUAUUAUCUUUAUUUAAAAGGGACCAUUUGAUGCACUGUACCAGCUUGUAGCUACAGCUAUUUUGCAUCUGUAGUCCCUUGACAGAGCAUAACAAACAUAAAACAAGAACAAACAGCACAGUAAAUAAAGACAUGUGACAACAAUGGUGUUGUCUGUGACCUGGUUAUUGGAUGGCAUGACAAUAUGUCGUCAUUGUGUGCACUAAUGUGCCAAAUGUUGUGAAUUAUAUUAGAAUCGAAUGUGUCUGAUGUAUAGUAUGUAAUAAAUAAAUAAAAAUAAACUCCUUUAAAUACA